GCCCGCGCCGUUGCGUCACACCCGGAAGCAGCAACUGGAACAGAGCCGGCAGCAAUGAGCGGGGACCUGGGGCCGACGUCCGCAGCGCCCCAUCCCAGGGAGAUCGAACCAGGCAGUGGAGUCCGCAUCGUGGUGGAGUACUGUGAACCCUGCGGCUUCGAGGCGACCUACCUGGAGCUGGCAAGUGCUGUGAAGGAGCAGUAUCCUGGCAUCGAGAUCGAAUCGCGCCUGGGGGGCACAGGGGCCUUUGAGAUCGAGAUCAAUGGACAGCUGGUGUUCUCCAAACUGGAGAAUGGGGGCUUCCCUUAUGAGAAAGAUCUUAUUGAGGCCAUCCGAAGAGCCAGUAACGGAGAACCCCUAGAAAAGAUCACCAACAGUCGUCCUCCCUGCAUCAUCCUGUGACUACCUGGGAUUCUGGGUUCCUGCUCUAGUCUGGAGUCCAAGCCUUGGUCUUCCCUUUGGUCCUGCUAAGGGUUUUCCAUUGCCUCUUCCCCUGGUAGCUAAGAGACCCUGGCCUCCCUUUUUGCCCCUUUGGAUACUGGGAGGAAAUAGAAACUUCUAUGGUCUCAGGGGUGAGAGAGCCUCUCCACUGACACUUCCACAGCCACCUCAGACUGAUCAGUGCUUCUCAGGAUCAGUGCUCACAAAAGCCCACUCCUCUCUCCAGCCUAGCCAUACCUGUCAGAUGUUACCAUAGUCCUAAUUUAUUUUUCACUAGUCCCAGACAAUGUCAGCUAUUGGCAAUAAAGUGGCACUACAAACA